CUGUUGGUCGUUUUGGGGCAGUCAAUACAAAGGCUAUCAAACACAACUAAAGUCGUUCAUCUGUAAUGCCCUGCGACUUCUAUAUAGUUUUUUUCAUCACAUUAAACUUUUUUUUUAAUUCCAAGGCAAGAUUAACCCGACGGGCAAAAUAAUUAUGGGCUUUUGAAAAUUAUGUACAAAGCAAGUAUUAUUUCCCCACUAAAAAAAUAAAAGGGAAAACGACACAUAAUUUGGUACAAGGAUAUCGGUAAACGUAAAUCAUGUGUCAUGCUAUCGAAUUUCCUAAGUGAUAGAUACAAAAAUAGCAUUUGUGUGGUAAACACAGGCAUUCAAGCAGCUACGUAUACGAGGCCAAAAGGUGAGGCAUAGUAUGCCGCACCCAAACCCCAACGCGCCACCCUUCCCCCGCUCUCCUCGUCCAGCGACACGCAUACAUUAGGCAGUAGACUCAAUGGGUCUGCCGUUCGACUUCUCUUGACAAGAGCUCAGCGUUAAUUCUGUUCAUAGAAGCCAUUCGACAUAUCUCUCGCACAAGGGUAAAUCAGGUACUGAUAACCCGGCGUUUCAGCAAGGACGAUUUAUUUUUGAGCAGUGAAGUAUGGUAGCUAAGCACAGCGUUCCAGAGAUUCCGACAUGGCGGCAAACUUCUUCGCCUCCUCUUGGGUCUCGAAUCAAAUCGGAAGGAAUGCCCAACUACAUCCGCAACAGAGGAAGUGUCGAAAAAGUGGCCUUUGGCUCUUCCUGUCCAACGACCCCCAGCCCGAGGCCUGAACCAAGAUGUCCCACUUCUGCCUCCAAGGUUAACUACAAGAUGGGCUGGCAUGGCAACGUAGGUCCCCUGUUAAACGGAACAGCCACCCCUCGUCCAGCAACAGCACCACCUAGAAUUAAGCCAGAAGGGGAGCAGAUUGCGACUGUCAGCAGAGGGAAACGCAUGCGGGUAGUCAUCCACGAGUACGCCCAGAACAGCCCCACUCCGAGGCAGCCACGGGUCAAGGAUGAGGCGAAGGACACUGCAGAAAUGGCCAAGGGAAAACGCAUGUACAACAUUCUCCACAAAUAUGGCACCAUGGCAUUGUCGUCGCGAGCGGUGCCAAGGAUCAAACCUGAGGGUCAAGGCAUAGCCACACUUAGCAUGGGCAAACGGAUGAGAGACAACAUCCACAAAUACGGACGCAACGAAGUCACGCCGCGGCCCCAGCCGCGUGUCAAGCCAGAAGCAGACGACAACGCCCGACUGGACCGCGGGUUUCGCAUGGCCACGUUGAUGCACUCCUACCAGCUUCCGACAUCCGCUCGUUAUCCUCCGCGCAUCAAGCGCGAAGCGGCUGAAUCAGCGGAACUAGGCCGUGGACUCCGCAUGAUGCGUCUGCUGCACGAGGUGGAUUGUCUUCCGUGUAGCCCACGUCCAGUGCCGCGGGCAGUAGGGUUGAGCGCCCAGACCAACCUUUGGCGAGGGGUUACUGGCACCGUUGGCAAAUGUCUGCAGCACAUCGGCAGGAAGACUUAUAUUUUUGUUCCCGGAGAGCAAAAACGACCAUACUCCACGGUGCGCACCGUUUAAGGGCAAAAGACUUCAAGGGGAUGCAGCUCAUUGACAUGUCAUAGCAACUUUUACGAAAAAAAAAAAAAAA